GCCCCCUGUGUGUGUCUGGGCUGUUACGUCAUCCUCUGCGCACACGGAAGUAGCAUUAAACCAGAAAACUUCGGGUCUUGUGAGAGUUGCUCCGUGUUCUCUCCCGUGUGUGUUACAGCUGUCGCUUCAUCUGUCUGUCAGGAUGGUUGUUCUCUCCAAAGAGUAUGGAUUGGUGGUGUUGACCGGUGUUGCCAGUAUUGUCAUGGUUGGGCAUCUGGCCAUCAAGGUUGGCAAAGCUCGCAAGAAGUACGACGUGCAGUACCCUCAGAUGUACAGUGAUGAUCCUGAAACCGGAAAGAUUUUCAACUGUAUCCAGCGUGCACACCAACACACCCUGGAGCUGUACCCCGCCUUCCUCUUCUGCCUGGCUAUUGGUGGCUUGAAUUGUCCACGUGCAGCCAGUGGACUUGGAGCUGUAUGGAUCAUUAGCAGAGAGGUGUACGCACAUGGGUACUCUACAGGAGAUCCUAAAAACAGAAGGUGGGGAGCGUUUGGCAAUGUGGCUUUCCUCGGAAUGAUCCUGACCACAGCCAGCUUCGGGCGCCAACUGUUGGGUUGGACUGGACCACGGAUGGGGCGUUUCUGUAAGGAGACCGCUUGCUGUUGAGGACAGCGACUAAGCCUGGGUUUUUAUUAAUGAUUAUAACAAUAAUUACUGCUCUACAUAACUAAUAUAAUGUAAUGUACCUUGAAGCAUGCGUGCUGUAACCUCUCGUCAGGGUGCCGUUGACAAGUGACCUGACUGGUUCUCGCUGAGGGAAAACGCCUCAUUUACCCUGAUGAAUGUGUUUUUUUCACAUACGGGCAUUCCUGCUCCAUGUGAGAUAACAAGUCAGUUUAUAUCUCAAAGCAUUUUUACCUGCUUUCCAGAUUUGACAAGUUGAAUGAAUUGGCCAAAGAAUGUAUCUUUAGUAAGAAACAAAUUAAGACAAUGUUAUAAAAAGGGACAUUUCAAAUAAAACCUUAUGUUUUACCCCGGCAAAAAAAUAAAUGAAAAUGUUUUUUUAAAAGAAUGCAGGUGUUGUGUAAGAAAACUCAAACUUAAUUCCAAUCAUUAUCGCUGUUAUUUUUUCAUACUAUUAAAUAUGACACAUUGGUUAUGAA